AUGCCGGAACCAACGUCUCCCGGAACUCCAACCGCCCGUUAUAGCAAGCAUAUCAUCUUGACUACGUACCCCGGACAAAGCGGCAUUGAGCCAGUACCAUUGGAAUGGGGUGCGCCCGAUGCCAAGGCGCGAGGACCGGUCGUGGUCUCCCGCAGCGGCAAUUUGGUCAAGCGCCGAAACGCCAUCGGUGCCCAUGGCGGCAGCUAUAGCAUUUACAAUGCGCUCGCCAUUGCGGCCGGUGACCUUGAUGCAGACUUUCGUCCUGACUUGCGAAACAGUGAGCCGGUUUUUAAUUUCCCGGCGCAGGCUGCUUGGGCGGACAAAACCAAGAUUGUGUCGAUGGAUCCUUACGGCCAUGAUAUCAUGAACCAGUACAAGGAGGAGCUGGAGGCUGGCUGGGAUAUUCGGCCCACAAUGGCGGUGACAAGAGCUAAUAUGAAGCUGGCAGAGAUCGCGGAAUCUGUGCGCAAUGGGGAGCUUGGAGUAGACGGUAACAUAGUGGUUGAUUCCACGGGCGAAGUCCGCGUGACAAAGGUCGCCGUGGAGCCGGUUUGGUACCUUCCUGGUGUGGCUGAGCGAUUCGGUGUUGAUGAAGGUACUCUUCGCCGGACUCUCUUUGAGCAUACCGGUGGUAGUUACCCGGAGCUUAUCACCAGGCCUGAUCUCAAGGUAUUUCUACCUCCGAUUGGGGGCUUGACUGUCUAUAUCUUUGGUCCCCCAGAACGCGUUGCAGACGAGAAUGUCAAGCUGGCUCUUCGGAUUCACGAUGAGUGCAAUGGAAGUGAUGUAUUCCAGUCUGACAUUUGUACGUGUCGACCCUACCUUGCUUUUGGUAUCCGAGAAGCAAUCCGAGAAGCCCAGAACGGCGGCAGUGGCGUGGUCAUCUACUUCCGCAAAGAGGGUCGUGCACUGGGUGAGGUUAUCAAGUACCUGGUUUACAAUGCACGAAAGCGCGGUGGCGAUACCGCGGAUAAGUACUUCACUCGGACGGAGAAUAUUGCCGGUGUGCGAGAUAUGCGAUUCCAAGCUUUAAUGCCGGACAUCCUUCAUUGGCUCGGCAUAAAGAAGAUCGACCGGAUGUUGUCCAUGUCAAACAUGAAGCACGACGCCAUUGUUGACUCUGGAAUCAAGAUUUUGGAACGGAUUCCCAUUCCUGAAGAGAUGAUACCCGACGAUUCUCGCGUUGAGAUCGAUGCGAAGAUCAACUCUGGCUACUUUACCACCGGGAAACAAUUCACAAUGGAAGAGCUAGCUCAAGUACGAGGACGUGGCUGGGAGAAGUGGGAAGAUAUAUCACAUUAA